AUGGCAGCUUCACCUUCUAUACGACACUGGAUAGGAAUCAAGGCAAAAAACGAGGCAGCUCUACGCCAUAAGACUGCUUGUGAUCCCCCUCCACACAUGUCCCUACAGCAGAGUACACUUUCGUUCUCCCUCUCCACAGCCAGCCUGGUGGGUACAAAGCAAAAAGACAAGAAUCCGGACGCGCCCCAAACCACCACUCCGGCGCUAGCGGCAGCUACAAGAACAAACCCCAGCCCUUCCCACAGCCGCAACACCCAUGUGCAGAAACGGACCAAGACUCCGGCACCUUGGUUAGAAGCAGAUACACCAUUCAACAAGGCCGCCCAACAUCUCUGGGACGCGAGGAUGUUCGGGCUCAUAGGCAAAAUCGACCUCCGUUUUGUAACUAAUGCCCUCUUCAAAGUAGCUUCGUGCUUGCAGGACACCGGCACCAGUGAACUCCUGCACGCUCUCGCCACGAUUCAGGACAAGCUCCUGUUGCAGCAGGCAGUAGAGCAAGUCACUCACAUGCUGCGGGAUGCUGCAAAGGAAAUUACAGGGAACCUCACCAACAGAGUAGCUGAACUGACUGCAGAGACUGUCACGGCGGUCCAGCAGGGCGUCAUAAAGGCAGGUCGAGAACUGGACAAAUGUACUGAUGUAGUCAAAGUAGCCACCGGAGAUCUGAAGGCCACAGCAGAGAGCCCCCCGAGAAUGUUCACCAGUGUGCUUUCCACUGGAAUAGCCCCCAGCUCAGCCCCAGGUCUCCUCCAACCAUCAACACAGGCCAAAAUGGAACAGGAUCACAGGCGCAUCCUCAUCGACCCACCUGCAGGGCGGACUCAGCUUUACCCCACCGCAGUGGAAAAUAUAGGGGUCACGAGGAAGGCUACAGAGGCGCUCCACCAAGCCGGCGGUAAACUCAGCUGGACCUUCGUCAGUUGCAUCAAACUUGAGAAGGGGGGUAUACUCCUUGAAGCCAAUCUGGCGGAGGUCAAGGAAUGGCUCGCCAACGGGGAGCAUCUGACAAACUUUGUGACCAUUUUUAGUCCAGGUGCCACUAUUAAAGCAAAGAAAUACACCAUCAAGGCCCUGUACCUCCUGGUGAACCAGCCAAUUGACACAGCUGAAGCUCGGCGUAGUAUUAAAGAGGAAAACGGUCUCCCCCCCAAGGCCAUCACACAAAUCAAGUGGAUGAAAUCAGCUGAGAGGCGAUCUCCCAUCCUGGCACCAGAGCCCUACGGAAAACGUCCUGCGCCACUCCGGACUCGUUCUCGACGUCUCUCCGGUUUUGCGGACAUUCCGGACGCUCUCCUGCUACUCCCACCCACCUCUGAGGACCCAAGGAACUCCAUCCCUCGCUCCCCUGACAACUCCGAAAUGCCGGGCGCUUCCAGCCAGAUCCCGCCAUCCGAGCCAGUCGCUUCAGGACCGGACUCCGAGACUUUGCAGACCUUCUCCAUCCAGGAUACACUUGCCCGAAUCGAAGGACUCCUCUUAACACCCCGUCUGACUACUCCGAAAACGACUCCGGACUCCGAGCUGAGGGGCACUGAAGCCUCCCAGCACGCCCCGAGUCGAUCCGAAAACACCCCACGUUCCCGCCUGAAGCCCGCCUCUCCCCCGAUCUUCAACAGAAACCGCAAGGAUGGUUGCGUGUUCUACAAUGUGUGCUCCAUCUACUUCCAGCUCUGUCCGGACCACUUCCCGACCGAGCAGGCCAAAGUCCUCUGGUGUCUCUCCUUCUUCCAGAAGGAUCGAGCUAAGGAGUACGCUGACAUGGUGCUCCGGAGUCCGAAGGAUCCAUACUUUGCGUCCUGGGCCGCCUUCGCAACCGAGUUCCGGACUCGCUUCCUUCCGGAUCGGGAACGCGAAGCCGCCAUGCUAAAACUGGAGUCCACCCGGUACCACCAAGGGCGUCGGACUUUCCAGGAGUACCUCGACGAGUUCCGGGACCUUGUAGACCAGUCCGGAUACACUGAGGGCUCCAACAUCACGAUGAAGUUCCGCCGCGGAUUGGACUCCAUCAUCCAGAGCCGUGUUGCCGAGUCCGCAGACUGUCCGGACGAGGAUGACUUCGAGGAAUGGUACAAGGCAGCACAGCGGGUUGCUGACAACCGUGCUGCUAACCAAUCCUUCCACUUUGGCGUGCACUCCGGAAACUCCGGACACUCCGGAUCCCUCGUCCGACCAGCAGCCGGCUCCGGAGUCGCUCGGACUCCUGCGGGUGUACUCCCCACGCCUCGGACUCAGCUCCCACCUUUGCAACCCCGUUUCCAACCUCUGCCCCCUCCAAAGGCUCUCUCACCCGGUGUCCCAAUGGAUGUCGACCACACCCGCUCCCGACCUGCCACCUCACAGCUCUGCUACCAAUGUGGCAAGCCCGGUCACAUGUCUCGCAAGUGCCCACUCCGGUACGACGUCUGGUUCAUGACCACCGAGGAGCGGAUGUCCGCCAGUGAAGAUCUCUUGACUGCGGCCGACGUUGUAGAAAGUACGGGGACUUCGGAAGGAAUAGACGAUGAGGGAACGGCCCCGGUUGAGGAAUCGGACACGGCGGAUUUUGUCCGGACCAACGACGUAGACGAAAUAGACGAUUCCGAUCACUCCGAUGAUUCGUCCAACGCUAAGCAAACGACUCCGGUUACAAUCCGCACACUCCGAAGGUUUCGCCCGCAGUGGGAACGGCGGCUACCCAGUAGCUAUAAGAUCUCCGCGCUGCCCGGCAAGCUUUCGCUAGAUAUACCCGUUGAAGUGCAGAGCACGGAUACACAACACAGAUGCACCCUGCAGGCCCUGGUGGACUGCGGAGCCACCGGAGUCUUCAUGCAUCCACGCUUUGCUGAUGCCCAUGGUUUCACCCGACGCAAGCUGUCCGCUCCGAUUCCGGUCUUCAACGUUGACGGAUCACCAAAUGAGAACGGAUCUAUCUCCGAAGUCGUGGACCUUGUACUCUGGUUCAAGGAUCACACGGAACGGAUGCUUUUCGCAGUCACUAACAUCGGACGGCAGGACAUCAUCCUCGGAUGA